AUGGGGCCAGAAGUUGAAAAAUCGAGGGGAAAAAGAACCAGAUAUGGACAAGACGUUGUUGCACUUGAUUGGUAUAAUUCUGAUUUAAGUGUUAUAAUUAGCAAGGAAGACUAUUUGAGUGCUCAGCCACUGACCAUGCAAGGAUUUGGCUACGUAUGGCACGGUGUUCGUGCAACCUAUGGAUUCACUCAUGGUCGUGUGUUCUAUGAGGCAAAAGUUGAAGAUUAUUUGCCUGUACCACAACUAGAAGAAGAGGAACAGCAUCCCCAUGUCCUACGUGUCGGUUGGUCUGUCAAUGAUGCUGGACUAACCCUUGGUGAAGAUCCACUAAGUUAUGGUUAUGGAGGUACAGGAAAGGCAUCAACUAAUUUAAGGUUCAAGGACUAUGGAAAACAAUUUGGAAAGGGUGAUGUUGUUGGUUGUUUUUUGGAUUUGGAAGCAGAGCCUAUUGUUAUGUCUUUCACAGUAAAUGGAGAGCAUCAGGGCAUUGCAUAUGAGAUACAUCAUGCUGAUUUAGGUGACCAAGCCUUAUUUCCUCAUGUUGUGACCAAGAAUGCAAGUUUCAAGGUUAAUUUUGGAACAGAGGGCCCUUGGUUUGAGCCACUGACUGGAUAUACCUUUGCUGGUCAUGUUCCUUUGGAAGAGAGAGUACUGGGCUCCCAGAAUCCUGAGAAGAGAGAGGAUGCUGAGGUUAUUAUGAUGGUUGGUUUGCCUGCUGCUGGGAAGACUACCUGGGUUGAACAAUAUUGCAAGGAAAAUGUGGAUAAGAAGUACAAUGUCCUUGGAACAAACUUUCUUAUUGACAAAAUGAAGGUCAAUGGCUUGCCCCGAAGACGUAAUUAUGCUGGCCGUUGGGAAGUGCUGAUUGAACGUUGCACAAAGUGUUUGAACAAACUGCUGGAACUUUCUUACAAACGCAGGCGUAACUUCAUCAUUGAUCAGACGAAUGUAUACCCAUCGGCUCAGAGGCGUAAAAUGAAGGGUUUUGCUGGCUUCAAACGACGUGCAGUUGUUAUUUGUCCCACUGAUGAGGACCUGAAGAAACGAACUGAGAAGCGAGAGAACGAGGAAGGCAAGGAUGUUCCGGACAAGGCUGUCCUAGAGAUGAAAGCCAACUUCAAACUGCCUGAGGAGGGUGACCUGUUUGAUUCGGUGGAGUUCGUGGAGUUGCAACGUGAGGAGAGUCAGAAGUUGGUAGAACAGUAUAACAAAGAAGGAGAAGCAGCUGGAUUUGGGCAGAAGAAGGGCUUUAGAGGCGGAUUCGGUGAUAGACGUGGCGGAUUCAUGGAUCGCAGGGGUGGCUAUGGUAAUCGUGGGAAUAGUUUCCGAGGUGGUUGGGAUAGAGAUCGUCGUGGUGGUUAUAAUGACCGUCGGGAAAGAAGCAGUUGGAAUCGUGAUCGUGACAGUCGCGACUACAAUCGAGGUGGAUACAAUAGAGAUAGCCGGGGCAGUUAUAACCGUGACUAUAAUCGUGGCAGUUACAACAGAGAUAGCAGAGGCAGCUACAACAGGGAUCGUGGUGGCCGUACUGGAAAUUACCAAAGCAACUGGAACAGGAAUUCGAGUAAUGAGAUAAAGAGUACAUCCACUAGUACUACUACUACUUCUACUAACCCAUGGGCAACCCAGCAGGGAACCCAGGAGAGCCAGGGAUAUGGGAGCUACAGCAACUACAGCAACCCGAACUGGAGCAACCCGAGUUAUGGCUAUAACCAAGGUUACAAUGGCUGGAACCAACAAUACUAUCAGCAGCAGCAUCAGACACAACCUCAACAGUACUGGGGGACAGGUUACAAUUAUGGAAGUCAAGGCUAUGGAACGACUCAGCCAUAUGGAACUUCAGGAACUACCAGUCAGUCAAGUGGUACAACAGGAAGCUGGGGAGGACAAAGCAGCAGUUGGAGUGGCACUGGGCAGCAGCAGUGGGGCUCUACAUACAAUAAGCAGCAGUGGGGUACUGGCUAUGGCUCUGGAAGCCAGAGCAGCCAGAGGAGGUAGAGGAGUUGUCAGUGGAACAAAUUUCCCAUGGCAAUUGUUGGGAAGUUGAUAUAAAAUUUAUCUUUAGUGGGAAGAAUUAAACGUAAGUAUGGGUUAAUGUUGGUGUUAACCAUUUGAUCUGUGCCCUGACUAUGUAGGCCAGUUAGCCUUUAUCAUUAUGUAUCCUUAUUUAGUGUUCAUCACAUUAGGGUAAGAUUUUUACUUGUCAUAGUAGUGUCUGAGCACACUUUAAAUAUUAAUGACUUGAACGAAUUUGUGAAAGGUUAAGUGGUGUCAGGUAUAGGAUGAAUGCUAUAAUGUUGCUUGAGGAGUUAUUUACAAGCUGAGACAGUCAGGAUUAAUCCUGAUAAUGCAUUAUAUUUAACAAUAGAAAUGUAGGAAAUCUAUUUGCAUUGGCAUAUUGAGCGUUUGCUGUACAUUUAGUUAAUAGCUAUAAAAUACACAUGUUCCAAGCUUUUAGAUGAUAUGAUAAAGCUACUCGAUAAUGCUAAGGAAUGAGGUGUUUGCCACAAGCAGUGUACAAAGUCUUCUUGGGAAUGAAGUCACUACCUGAAAUUGCUUGUAAAUGUCUUGACGUAUUGAUCAGAUUUUUUUAUAUACAAGUUUGAGAGGUUUGGUUUCAGAAAUGUGUAUCACUUUGUUUUUCUUUUUUUAUAAUUUAAUUAGUUUAACUAUUUUUUUAAGCUGAAAAUGAGUGGAAUAUUGACAUUAUUGUUGAGAUUCAAAUGAUAAAUAGUACUAUACAUAAAUGCAGAAAAGCUUUUAGUUCUCAGUACCUGAAUAAACUAAUUCAGUUGAAGACUGGAAAGAACAUAUUUAGUUAAUAUAUAAUUCGAUAUUCGUGUUAAUCACAAGUAAUUAUAUUCUAUAUUUAUUUAAUUUAUAGUGUUAAAUGUGUUCUUUCAUUAUUUGUACCAGUUAUUCUAUUUCUGUCAUGGCUGCCUCAAUUAUUAAUUUUUAUAUUAAAGAUAGCAUGAUAUACUACGUAUAUACUUGUAAUUUUAGAAAUCCUUUUUAUUGAGAGGAAGUGCACCCAUUCUUCAGGGUAAUUGUAUGUGGUGGUAAUAGAUUAUUACCUCUUAACACAUGGUUGAUCAUGUGUGGAAUGUGUUAGUUGAGGCUAGAAUGCUUGCAAAUACUGGCUAUAAUGUAUACAUACAUAUUGAUUGUAACUAGUUUCAGUAAGUUUGCAAAUUUUUGAGUGAGCCGUAAUACUUUGGGUAUCCAGUAAGGGGAAAUUUUCUACUCAUUACCUCUUGUUUAGGGAUGGGACAAUACCAGAAUGUUUAUAGGUACCGAUACUCAGUUUUAGGCUGAUUUUGAUACCACCAAAAUUAAGAUACCAUCAGAAUUAGCCAAUACUAAUAUUUUGGCACACCCCUGCUUUUGUCAAAACAAUUCAUAAAUGCAACAAACAGAUUCUUUCGUUGAAGUAUUUGUGACUUGCAUAAUUCAUUGUAAACACUUGGUUAACAUAUCCCCACCCUGUUAAAUCAUCCUUGCUCUGCAAUCCUACUUUGUCUUGCUCACAACUUGUUUAACCCUUUCAGGAUCCACACACCCCCAUCCCCAAUCCCCAUAUGAAACUUGUCCAGAGGGUCCAAAAAUUUUCAAAAACAAAAUGUGAAAUAGUAGAUAUAUUUUUCUGAAGGUAAUGAAACAAAAAGUAUGAAAUUUGAAGGAAAAUUGGCGAAAUUACGCUAUUGCGAAUUUUGCUGUGUCGGCAAUAUUUAUGCAGCGAUGCUUUUGCCCACAGAAUCUGUUUUAGGCCAAAUAUAUCCCUUUCAGGGUCUGUGCCGUACAUAUACGGCUUAAAAGCCAGGGCCCAAACCGUAGAUCUACGCCAUGAGCUCAGCUCGCUCAGAUAACCUGUGAGAAUGAAUUUGGGCAUAUAUAUGAGACAAUACGACUAUAUGGUAAGUGAGCACCACAUAAAACAAAUCCUGCAGUGCGUAGUGCAUAACGAAAGAGAAAAAAAUGCGACCAUAAUUUUGGAUUACAACAGCUACUUUGCGGGGUUCACAUGUUUUUUACAGUUGUAUUUGCGAUUUCUUGGUCUUCUUUGAUUGAAUGGAAUAUAUAUUACAGAAGUAGGGCUGAUUUUGAUUGGUUUUACUACUGAAAAUGGCUUGAAACUGCUCAUAGUAGUGGAAAUGUUCAAUUUUUGUUGACGUUCAAGAGUCAGCAAAUAUCGCCACGAGUCUAAUACGCAUCAGCUGGUGGGUCUAAUACAUGUUCACGAAUGUGCUGAUAUUAUUUAUACAAUUAUUACAACAUUCCAUAAUGGUAAAUCUUCUAUUUUUUGGUGUGAAUAAAAAUUCAUUAUGUGAAUAAGAAAUCAAAAUGGAAUUCAUUUGUAAAGCCUGAAAACGUAACUAAUGUAUAGAGGAAGUGUUAGUUUAGUGCCAGGAAUGCCUGCACUGUUUAUUCUGAACUCUAUUUUGAAAUUGGAAUAUUUUGAACUUUGUGUUAAAUUGGCCAAAUUACCAAUUUCCAAUUACUUUAUUGGGUAGUUUAAAUAGUUUACUGGGUAAUUUCUUGGCCUCAAUCGACAAAGUAGAAGUAAUACUAGCGAAAUAGCUAAGAAUUUGGUCAAAUAGAAUAAUGUAAUUGGCCCAAAGCGAGAGUCAAAGUUGGCAAAACCACCAAUGCAUAAAUAUCACUGAGGCAUCAGAAUUUGCGAGAGCAUAAUUUCGUCAGUUUUCCAUCAAAUUUCGUACUUUUUACUUUAUUACCUUUGGAAAAAGAUCAUUUCAUAAGAAAAAAUAAUUUUUUUUUUUUUAAAUUCUUGGACCCUGGCUGUCACAUCUUGAGAUUUGGCCUCUGGACCCUGAAAGGUUAAAUUGUUCCACUCGACCAAAUUAUUGACUAUUUUGCACAAUGCCUUCCAUUUUAUUAACCCUUUGACUGUCGACGUCGUAUAUAUACAUCUUACGAGGUACCGUGUUUGACGUAUAAAUACUCAUAAAUUCUAGCGGCUUCAAAUCAAGCAUGAGAAAGCUGGUAGGCCCACAUGUGAGAGAAUGGUCUGUGGUCAGUGUGCACCAUAUAAAAAAAAUCCUGGAGCAUGCAGUGCAUAAUGAGGAAAAAAAAACACCGACCGUUUUUUUUUAUUAAAAUGCCGACUUUGUGGUCUAUUUUUGUAUAGUAUUUAUGGUUGUAUUCUCGUUUUCUUGGUCUCAUUUGAUAGAAUGGAAAACAUAUUAUAGAAAUAGAGGUGAAUUUGAUUGAUUUUACUAUAAAAAGAACCUGGAAAUGGAGCUCAAAGUAGGGGAAAUGUUUGAUUUUUGCCAAUGUUCAAAAGUAAACAAAUGAUGUUAUUAUCCAAUAAAUGUCGAACUAGCCAUUCUAAUAUGCAGUCGUGAAUGGGUUGAUGUUAUUUAUACAAUUAUUACAGUAUUGCAGUAGUCUGCAUAACAUAGUAAAUCUUCUAUUUUUUGUUUGAAUAAAAAUUCAAAAUAGAAAGCAAGAGUAAUAUCAGAGGCUUGGAGACGUGACUGAUGAACAAAGAAAAUGUUAUUUUAGAGCCAGGAAUGUCUGCAUUGUUCAUUUUGGACUUUAUUUUGAAAUUGUCAUAUUUUUUAAUUUUUGUGAAAUUGGCCAAAUUGCAAAUUUCUGACCACGUUAUUGGGUAGUUGAAAUCGGUAAAUGGGCAGUUUCUUUUACUCAAUCGAUAGAAAAAAUGGAGUUCUAAAGAAAUAGCUAUGGGUUUGGUCGACUGGAACAAUGGAAUUAGCUGAAAAUAGGGGUCAAAGUGGGCGAAAUCGCCGCUUUGUAAAUAUCGCUCGAGGUCGCUAACUUUGUGAGAGCGUAAUUCUGUCAGUUUUCCAUCAUUUUUUUUUUUUUUGGUGUCAUUACAAUCAGGAAAAAAUUCUCUUAUCAUUUCAUAAGAAUUUUUUUUUUUUUAAAUUUUGCCACACCAGGAGACACUUCAGGAUUGGGGAUUGCGACAGUCAAGGGGUUAAGGACAGAUUGAGGUUUCCCGCGCGCGGAGCAAAAAAAAAUUCGAAAAUAUAUGAAAACUGAGUUAUUGUUACCAAAAAAUAGCUGAACUUUCUGGCUACACGCUGGUAUAAUUAUUAUCCUUGUACGAUGUUUCUAAAAGGAAUUACAGCCAUUUAUAACAGGCAUGGUGACAGCGCUGACGCAACAUAUUGCGUAAGAAGCGCUGACUCAGCUUUGUUGACGUUUUUGUUACGUUUUUCCCCGUGUUAUUUUUAUCGUUUUCGUAUAUCUUUGUGUAAAAUAUAAUACAAAUUCACCAUCUGAGAUCAUUCCCGAAUGGGCGGAGCUACUAUGGUCGCGGUACCAAUUGGGAACCCCUGGGAAUAGUGCACAAAAUGGCCGACACCUCCAGCCAACAAAAUAUUCCAUACCCACGCUAAUAUCAAAUAUAAGGCUUAUUUAUCUAUCAUAAUUGAUCUAUUAUGAUAUAAUGCAAUAUAAUAAUAGCAUAUAAACAUAAAAAGUACAUCUCAAAAAAAAAUAUAUAGCAUAAUAUGACGCCCCAAGGAAUAAAUUUCUAUCGAUAUUUCCCCUGAAGGUGAAGAGAGGGUCCGACCUCUCUCAUCAGUGAUGAGAGAAAACGGAUUUACAAUGGUUAACUGUAAUAAACACUCGUAGGCCGCGGAAAAAGUGUAAAAUAAAGCGAAUUUUUCGGGGAAAAAAAUUGUUCCCGGGCAGCGGGGGUGCCGCGCGCUGCGGCCUAUAUCUCGAAAGUAACUUAUUUACCUAUUUAGGGGAACAGCACCUUUAUUUAUGAUUGAAUUGACUUUAUUUCUCACAACAAACAUGGGAGAAUGAUUGUUUUACGGGGUAGCGAUUCUGUUUCCGAACUAUCCAAAAUAUUUUUAGAUUUGUGGACAACAAGGCCGACAUCUUCCAAUAUAUCAAAAAAGUUAUGAAACUUUAUUUUUUUUAGCAAGAAGAUAAGGUUUAUUUUAGAAUUCACAUCGAUAAGUGAUGGAAUUAGAGUUGUUCUAGCAGCAGCAAGUGUCAAAACCACUUGUCCAAGUACCACUGAGAAAUUGUGCCCUGCCAAAUGCAAUUUUUCGUAAAUUUUGCAUAUUUCAUUUCCUUUUUGGCCGAUAUGAUUGAAACUUCAGCACAGCAUAUUCGAUAUAACCUUCUAAUAGUACACCAAAAAUGAACGUAAUCGGUCCAUAAAAAAUAUGUCGUUAAAAUUCUGACCGCAUCCAACCUUAACUGAGCAAAAAAACCUCCCAAUCAAUUCCAGUAUUUCAACUAUCCAGUAAAGUGAUCAGAAAUUGGUAAUUUGGCCAAUUUCACACAAAUUUAAAAUAUUCCAGUUUCAAAAUAGGGUCCAUAAUAAAAAUGCAGGCAUUCUUGGCACUAAAAUAACAUUUCCUCUGUUCAUCUUUAUUUUUUAUUCACAAAGAAUUUUCACACCAAAAAAAUAUCAGUGCAUUCGUGAACAUGUAUUAGACCCACCAGUUGACGUGUAUUGGACAUGUAAUGUUUACUGUUGAACAUCAGCAAAAAUCAAACAUUUCUGCUACUUUGAGCUCAAUUUUUAGCUAUUUUCAGUCCUAAACCCAGUCAAAAUCAUGUCUACUUCUGUAAUAUAUCUUCCAUUCUAUCAAAUGAGACCAAAAAAACAUGAAUAUAACCACAAGAGUCAUAGGAAAAUACACCACGAAGUUGCGGUUUUAAACCCAAAAUACAGUUGCAGUUUUUUUCUCAUGCACUGCAUACUGCAGUUUCUUUUAUAUGGUGCACACUUACCACGUAGACCCCUUCUCUCGUAUCUUUGCCCAAAUUUAAUGCUCGCAGCUUAUCUGAGUGAGCUGAACUCUUGGCAUAGAACUACAGCACGGACCCUGACUUUAAACCCAUAAAACAAUAGCACAGACCCUGAAGUGGUUAAUAAUAAUUUCACUGUACACUUUAUUCGAUAUUCUCAACAGACUUAUUCUGAAAAAUUGUUAAUGCUCUUUGCUCAUCCUUGGAUUGUUUUCCCUCUUUUGUGCAUAUUUUUUUUUUUUUUUUUUUUUUUAAGUCGGCCAUCUCCCACCAAAGCAGGGUGACCCAAAAAGAAAGAAAAUCCCCAAAAAGAAAAUACUUUCAUCAUCAUUCAACACUUUCACCUCACUCACAUAUAAUCACUGUUUUUGCAGAGGUGCUCAGAACACAACAGUUUAGAAGCAUAUACAUAUAAAGAUACACAAAAUAUCCCUCCAAACUGCCAAUAUCCCGAACCCCCUCCUUUAGAGUGCAGGCAUUAUACUUCCCAUUUUCAGGACUCAAGUCCGGCUAUAUAAAAAUAACCGGUUUCCCUGAAUCCCUUCACUAAAUAUUACCCUGCUCACACUCCAACAGAUCGUCAGGUCCCAAAUACCAUUCGUCUCCAUUCACUCCUAUCGAGCACGCUCAUGCAUGCAAGCAAUCCAAAAAAAUAUCCCCUCCUUUUAACAUCUAAAUCCUUUGUAUCCCAGCUACUACACCCCCAUUAAAUUUUACCCGCUGCCUUGUGCCCUUCCAUAGUAGAUAUAAUAAUAUUCCUAUGAUGUUUAAAAAAUUUUCCAACCAUACCAUUUAUAAUGGAUUAAAACUUUUAGCCAGUUUCAUUUUACAUAUGAAAGGAUUUUAUCAUUUUUUUUCAUGAAGGGCACUCUUAUUUAAAGCUCUAAAUUGUUGAAAUACAAGUACAUAUUUCA